AUGGCUGAAGCAAGCGACUGGCGCAUGCUGCUGUGCCGAGUGCGUGAGGCAUUGCGGAGUGCACCAGUAUCCACGCUCGAGGCCGCCCAGGUCGAACUGAGGAAGAUGUUGGCAGAACUGGUGGCCCGCUGUGGCAAACCCCUGGAUGAAGCUGAGAUGGAUGCUGCCAUCGUGCAUGAAAUGGGGCUCCAGGGCUACCACCUGGAGGCGCCCGAGCUGGAGGACUCCGCCCUGGUGGCGCAGGAGCUGCAGAUGCACAAGCGGCGGCGCCUCACGGGCAAAACGUGCGUAGCCUCGUCACGGUUGGAGCCGGAGGAAUCAGUGAAGGAGAGCAGCCUCCCAAGCGAGGACGGGAGCGAGCAUGAUGAGGUGCAAGAGGCAGCCUCAUCCCCGGGCCAGUCUGACGAUGUCGGAAAGUCGGGUGGUACGGAAGUGAAUUCCCCCUGCAUGGGCGAAGAGGAGCGGGCCUCUUCACCAUUGCCUGAGCUUGAAGACUGCGAGGACCCCUCGGGAGAGGAGACGAUCUUCGUCAGCCGGAAGGCCUUUUUGGCUUUGCAGAGCAGAAGCUUGAACAACGAGUCCAUUUCCAGCGACAGCAUCUACCGUCUCUUCGAUGGGAGCGCACUCCGGGAUGGUGAGGAAUUGAUUGCUUUGGAUGCUUCGCAGCUGUUGGAGCGCUGGCCAGCAACCGCCGCAGCAGGCGUUGAGGCGCUGCUGGCCUUGGGGAUGCCGGAAACUGUGCGGCGGAUUCUUGGGGCGGCAGCGGGCAACAUCACAGAAGAGGGCGGGGAAGAAGAAGAGUGCGAGGAAGACGAUUGCUUCGAGGAAGAAAAGAGGACCUUUGAGCUUGGUUUUCUUGAGGUCAUGGAUGAGGAAUACGAUGUCAUCGUUUGCGGCACCGGCUCCGGGCCAAGACAGAAGCUUGCGGAGGCCAUAGGUCGCUGGCUCUCAGGCAGCUUCGGCCGUGCCGGCCGCUUGAGCAAUGUCUCUGCCUUCGCUGUGCCGGCUGGGCCUUUCUGCGGUUGCUUUGACGGGAGUUUCGCCGCCAGCGCUGGGCGAGGAAAGGGACCGUUGCACUUGCAACUCAGUAGGAGGGUGGUGAAGGUCCUGGACAUAGGAUUCUGGAAGAAGCUCACGGCCGAAGGCAUCCCUCUGGUCGCAACGCGGGUGCGGGACUCCGCGUACCAGCGCAUACGUGGCCAUGCAGUGAUUGUGAAGACCCUUGGCAGGGAAGCAGCAAGCAGCAGCGAGCAUUUGCAAUGCGAGUCUGUGGAAGCUGAUCUGUGCUUGAUCAUAGAGGACCGACGAGCCCAAGUGGAUCCAGGCAUCCUCAGCUACCAGCGCAGGGACUUCGUGGAUUGGCGAAGCGGUUCUUUGGCACGCAGUAUCCAGGAGGUCGUCAACACCGUGCCAGACUUUGAUGUCGCCAUUCUUGGACGCAACGACCAAGAGUUCCGAUGUGCGGACCUUGAGCCGGCAUUGGGAAGCUUCGCUCCAGUGAGAUGCUCUCCCAUCGCGAACUACGCCUACGCCGUCCAUCGCAGGUACUUCCAGGCUAUGUUUGAAGCUCUCAACUCGCCGGGCGAGAUCUGCGGCUACCACACAGACAUCUACUUCGGCACUGAGCAGAUGUAUGCUGUGGAUCCCAGCAGCCGCUGGUACGUGAAGUCACCGCUGCCGGUGCGUGUGCGCUGGCAACGUGCUCCCUCCCCGGGCGACUUCGCCAGUCGCUGCGCCCUGGGGGCGCUCUCGUCGCGGCCGGUGGUUUUGCUGCAUCCCAUGAGGGCCGGUGGCACCAGCCUUUGCGACCUCGCUGCGCAGUGGAUCGACGUCGGCCGCAGAGGUGGAGUGGACAACUGCCGGAUCGACUCGUUGCAGGCUUUUCGCGAUGCCGCGGGCGCAUGGCCCUUUGCACCGAACCACGAGCUGGAUUCAGGGCAGGUCAGACGUUUGUUCGCUCGUGGCCUGGGUUUCAUUUCGGUGGAGCCCAGCUUCAGCGAUUGGGACGAUGGGUCUGGGCACGAGGAUGGGAGCGACACGAAUCGUUCGGCCAGGAUGGCCAGGUGGCUUGGCUCCAUGACAGGCCUUCACAGCGGCUUCUGGAGUUCCUACCUUCACGUGCUGAUGGUGCGCAACCCGCUGGAUCGGUAUCUUUCUUGGCUUCAGUUCUGCAUCCCAGCUUGCGACCUGAUGGAGAAGGUGGAUAUGGACCAGGCCGAGUCGCACCGAGACUUCGUCGCCCGCUGCUUCAAGGAGAAAGUGUCGGAGUUCGUCGAGCUGGUUCUCGAGCCUGGCUUGACGAGAUCUUCGUUCAGUAUUCGCUCUCCUUUCCUCUUCCAAGACGAUCGGCGUCAGUUUGUGCCUGGCUGCCGACGUGCCACUUUAGGUUACCACGUUGCACAGGCCAGCAACUGUCUCGGCAGACACCUUGUGGCUGGCAUCGGCCGAGCGGACGACUCGGCAAAGUUGGAGGAGGCCCUUUCGGUGCUGCACCGCUUCGAUGUCGUUGUGGACGUGUCCUUCGCGCCGAAUGAGAGCGGCGUGCUUCUGCAAGAUGCUUUCCGCAGGAACAUCGCCUGCGGGGAGCGGUGUGCGGACCUGGCAGCAUUGCCAGAUUUGAGGGUUCCCAGGAGCAGACCAGGCCUCGAGAGCAUGCAGAGAAUCGAUCGUCCCAGUCCGGUCCUCGGCUUUGCUUUCAAUGUAAUUAACAUGUUCUUCGGUUCCGGAUUCUAG